UUGAAGUGGAGAUUCCCGAGAGCCAAGUAUAAAAUUUAGGUCAUAAGAUAAACAAGAUUUGUACAGAAGCCAGCACAGUCUCUCUCGGUGGGCGUCGCUUUAUUUCGACUUACUUACUGUCCUCACUCCCGCCUCACUCUCUUUUUCUUUAUUUUGUUUUGUCUUGCGAAUACUACUUAAGCGUUGUGAGGCACUUGCUCCGUCACAUUGCUCGACUGCACUUGGAGCUAGCUGUCACAUCUCCACCGCCUCGGAUGGGGCGAGACCACUUCAUACAAUUUCACUGUGUAGGCCGAAAGAACACGACAAGUCUUUUUUUUAGGCGUCAUCCCAAAUGAUGGACCAGUUGUCAGCGUUUGCGAAGAGGCACCAUGUUCCCCUGUCACGUAAGCGCCUGGCCAGCUGCUGAGCCCGUCGCCUCCUGCGGCAGUCAUGCACCAGCGGCGCAGCCUUCACAAUCGUUCCCCGAUCUGCUGUGCAGCUGUCCCGCGCCACCGUUGAGCGCCCACUCCAAAACACCGUCUUCGGACACCAUGGAGUCCCUCAUUGUGGUCACAGAGUGCGAACCCCGCAGACCAUUUGGGGCCCCUGGCGGGGAGGAGGAGGUCGAAGAAAUGGACAGCUCCGAACCGCCGCCCCUGCCCACUCCGUCGUGCGACCUUCUCUCUCACACAGUCGGCCGCUCGGAGGCACUCUUGCCGGCCGGCGAAGAGCAACGAGCACGGCUGAAUCUGUCGGACAGGAAACUGUCAUUGCAGGAGCGCUCGCAAACGCAGAUUUCCCCCUGCAGUUCCCCGGGACUCAACGGCCGUUACAUUUAUCCGUCGUUACCGUACUCCCCCAUCACAUCACCUCACUCUUCUCCACGCUUGCCACGCCGGCCCACUGUGGAAUCCCACAGCGUCUCCAUCACAGACCUCCAGGACUGCGUUCAACUCAACCAGUACAAGCUGAAAGACGAGAUUGGAAAGGGCUCCUACGGCGUUGUCAAGCUGGCGUACAACGAAGACGACAACACCUACUAUGCCAUGAAGGUUCUGUCCAAGAAGAGGCUGAUGAGGCAAGCAGGUUUCCCACGACGACCGCCACCUCGCGGUGCCAGAGCGAUUCCUGAGGGCCCCCCUCAGCCCAAAGGGCCCCUGGAGCGGGUCUACCAAGAGAUCGCCAUCCUGAAAAAGUUGGACCAUUCUAACGUCGUCAAAUUAGUAGAGGUUUUGGAUGACCCCAGUGAGGACCAUCUGUACAUGGUGUUUGAACUGGUCAAGCAAGGGGCUGUGAUGGAGGUGCCGACAGAUAAACCCUUCAGUGAGGACCAAGCGCGCUUUUAUUUCCAGGAUCUGCUCAGGGGAAUCGAGUAUUUGCAUUAUCAGCGAAUCAUCCACAGAGACGUCAAGCCCUCCAACCUGCUGGUGGGAGAGGACGGCCACAUCAAGAUCGCCGACUUCGGCGUCAGCAACCAGUUUGAGGGAGCGGACGCUCUCUUGACAAGCACUGUGGGAACACCGGCCUUCCUCGCCCCUGAAACACUGUCGGAGACCAGGAAAAACUUCUCCGGCAAGGCUUUGGAUGUUUGGGCAAUGGGUGUGACACUUCAUUGCUUUGUCUUUGGAUCGUGUCCAUUUAUGGAUGAACGCAUCCUCAAUCUGCAUCAGAAAAUCAAGACACAGCCAGUGGAAUUACCUGAACAUGCCGACAUAUCAGAUGAUCUCAAGGAUUUGUUGCUCAAAAUGCUGGAUAAGAAUCCCGAAACCAGAAUAUCAAUUCCACAGAUUAAGGUGCACCCGUGGGUGACGAGACACGGCGCAGAGCCCCUCCCACCAGAAGAUGACAACUGCUGUACGCUGAUUGAGGUGACUGAGGAAGAAGUGGAGAAUUCAGUGAAACACAUCCCGAGCCUGGCAACAGUGAUUCUGGUGAGAACCAUGUUGCGAAAGCGCUCCUUUGGGAACCCCUUUGACUGGGCACGGAAAGAGGCAUGCAGUAACUCGUGCACUUCAGGACAGACGAAGCAGCAGCCUGCAGACAGUAUGAGGAACAUUGAGCCGCCCUAUGUUGGAGAAGACGAGGCUCUUUCCUGAUGCAGUAGUGUGUGUGUGUAUUCUUCACAACAUCCCUUUCAUCGUCACUUUUCUACUUUGUACUUUUCCGGGGAGGUGGAACACGCGACGGUGAGAAAACGAGCGGGGUCGUUUAUAAGGCAAGAGCGUGCUAACAGUCCCCUUCUCUUUGCAUGCGUCUUUUAGCGUUAGCAUGCUCAGUCUCAGGCUUAUGUGUGUCAUAUGCUAGUUUAGAGCAGCCCCCUCCCUAAAAUUCUUGCUCCUUACUUGACAACUCUUAUCAGGUAUGCUGGGAGGGUUGGGCGGUGGUGGUGAUCACGGCACACACUUUUAGGAAGUCAGGGAUUAGUUCUCGGUCUUCACCACCACCUGAAGUUUAAAAAAAAAAAAAUCACUCUUGCGAAUGAGUGGUACCAUCUCAUGUGACAUAUUGUAUUGAAAGAAGUAUGGCAGGGAGUGCUGAAUUGUUUACUGACUGCAUGUGUUCCUUGUGGAUUUCGAAGCUAUUCGACUUUUUUUUUCUGACAUUCCAUUUACUAACAUUUAAAAAGCUUUAAGAUCACUCGGUGUAGUGCUUUGUGAACAAUCAGACUCUUCUUCAUUGCUCCAUACAAAAGUGGAGAGUUGCAAGGGGCAUAGUGCUUCUGUUGAAUCUUUUUGGAUGAAAGGAACUUCAUAUAGGGGAGGGUCCCAAAAGUCCCCAUACAUUUUUUUUUCAACUAUUCAGAUUCAGAUUCACUAUGCGCACAUACACUCCAUUGCAAUCGCUGUUUCUUUUUUUUAACGUAUUUUCGAUUCACCAAUCCUCAAAGCCGGCAUUUUUUUUUCCUUUGGUGGUUCAACUAUGUUCAUCCUCAUUGGUUGAGUUUCAAAUUGCGCAUCAAAGAUUGAUUGACAGGGACGACAUGAUUGAAAUUUUCAUUUUCAUGGCGCACUUUUGAACAAAACUGGAGCGGAAAGGUGCAAAGGGACUUUUGGGACACGCGUUAUGUAUAAUCUCUUUUUGAUUCUGUCGUGUUUGUAAUGUUUCAACUACACGUUAGUCCUCCAAUCAUUUGGAAUGAUGACACUCUUGCUUCUUGAACCUCAAGUGAAACUAGUGAAUGUUCUUAUUUGUGUUUUUGUAUGUAAAAAGAAAAAAAGCACUGAUGUUCAUUUACAAUUGCACAUUUUAAAAAGACACCCAAAAAAUUAGACUGUGCAUAAGUUUUUUAUUUUAUGUAAAGCAACUGGAAAAAAAAACUUUGACUACAUUUUGAAAUAGGUAAUGCAUCUGAAGUUUUUUUUUUACACAAAUCAAAAUCUAUGCAUGACAUAUCUAGAGGAAAAAUUACAAUGAAUAAAAUUUAAAAAAAACAAACAAGAUGUGCCAUGUUGGGGGUGGAAUUUCUAACUAAUAUUUAUUAGCUGUGAUUUUUGUGAACCUUUUUUUUCACAUUUUGUUCGCUUCGUUUCUGUUUUCACCGCAUUAGAAGCAGAUGGAAUUACCGGAUGUGUAUAAUUAACAUGUCAAUAUUAUAUUUAAUGCGCCUACACAAGAAUUAUUUCAGCACUAAUGUGUGCUCAAUGUACACGAAAGGGAAACUUCUUUCAUAUUACUCUGUGCUGCGAGUCAAAUUUGUAUUCUUUCUUUUUUGUUGUUGUUAUUUGUUUUAAACAUGAGCACUAUGCAUUAGUGUUUUUUUCUACUCUUAGUGCAAUUUACGUUUUGUGUCAAGUGCGAGCACUACAAAGGAGUUAUUUGGGCCACAAUGGAUUUUUUUUGGGGGGGGGGGAUAAAAAGCCCGAAUCUUAUGACUAUGAAAUCUAGACACUUUUUAGAUUCUGUCCGAAAAAGAUUUGAUUGUGAACCCUCCUCCUUCUAUCUAUCUAUCUAUCUAUCUAUCUAUCUAUCUAUCUAUCUAUCUAUCUAUCUAUCUAUCUAUCUAUCUAUCUAUCUAAUCUAAUCUAAUCUCCUCAUGGCCCGAAUACUCAAAUUGCUCAGAGUGCAAUGGCUCACAGCACAAAACAAUGAUAGGCUGCUGCUGCUGCUGCAAGUAAUCCUAAUAAUGAUUCGUGAGAGAUAUUCCAAAUAUACUCUCCAUUAUCGGUCAUGUUAAGUAACAGUGAAGGUGAAAAUUUGAAUGUUUUUGGCGCUGAUGAAUUGCCAAACAGUAUUUUAAACUUGUUUUAUUAUGAAACAUUUAGAAGUAAGUAAGUACUACAAGGAAUAAGGUCAUGGCUUUAAUUUCAACGUAUGAAACUAUCAGUAAGUUUGAACUAUUUCAUAAAAAAAUGAAAAAUAAAAAAAGAUAAAAACUAUAUGGGUAUUUAUCUCUUCAAAGUGCAUGCAAACACAAUUAUCCUCUGUAAUGUCAGCAUGAGACGCCCUUGGCAACGACAACAGGACUUUAUUCUACACAUACUGUAUCUUCUUAAAUGUUUGAAUAAAAAUAUGACCACCUUUA